AUGGAGUCCUUCUUUCAAGCAGCAUUGAAUUCCGUCCUUGAGGCGGCAGGAGGGGGCAGCAGAACCAGCAGGACCAGUAGUAGCAGCAGUGAUAGCAGCAGCUCUGGAUCUAGCAGACUACCUAGUCGCACAAGUACAGCCGAUGGAAUCCCUAGCCGUGCUGGCGGAAAUCUGUGGAGGCCCGGCCGUUCUUCACAACGAGCGGCAUCAACUCCUACCGUGUCUGGGGCCCCUGCAUCUUCCCAAGGGCCUCAAUGUGAAACGGCCAGUGAGGUGCCAGCCCAGAGGGGGCGACCUGGAGGCAGUCAGCCAGCCCGAACGGAGAAGAAUAGCAGCAGUAGCAGCAGUAGCGGCAGCGCACCAAAAGACCCCAACAUUCCUGCAAAACCUGGAGCUCCAGCUGAAAAAUCCCAGAUUCGUAAUCGAGAGGCGGCAGACCGGCUGAAGGAUCUUGGUAACGAAAGCUUUAGGCGGGGAAUGUAUGGUUUGGCAGCAGAGUACUAUUCAAAAGCUAUUGAGGCAGAUGGCACCGUGGCCUCGUAUUUUACAAACAGAGCCCUCUGCCAUAAGCGCGAAAAACGCUAUCCGGAAGCGUUGCAAGAUGCAGAGGCAGCUCUUGCACUUGAGGAAGCUAAUGUGAAGGGACUGUAUAUUAAAGGCGACGCGCUCGUGCAGCUUGGGGACUAUGAUGCUGGAGUCAACUUACUGGAGAAGGCGCAGACAGCGUCGUCGUCAGGGUCUGGCCGAGCAGCCCACGAAAUCCGCCACUCUCUAUUAAACGCCAAAAAGCUUCGACACGCGCGCCACUGUAGGCAACGAAGGGCCGACCGUAAGGAUCUCGAAGCAUUUCUGAAGGAGUGCAUCGAGCUAGCGGCAGAGCAUCGGCAAUUGUCCAGAGGAGAAGUUGACUCAAGACUGGCGCAGCUAGAGCAUCUUGUAGCCGAGGCAACAGAGGCAGAUACGCCUUUUGAAAUUCCCGACUUUCUCACGUGCAGGAUCUCAAUGGGCCUAAUGGACGAACCGGUCGUCACGCCCAGCGGCAUCACUUACGAACAUAAACUUCUUCUGGAGCAUCUACACCGAAAUGGUCCCACAGAGCCACUAACCAGGGAACCAUGCGAUGCGAAACGAUUGGUCCCAAACUACGCCAUCAGAGAAGCAACAACAUGGUUUCUAGAGAGGCAAGUAUAA